GCCGCGCCGGUUCCGACGACUUUGCCGAGUUAGUCCUGUGAACGGAUUCGCCUGAAGCAGUCGUCGUAUCGGUUCUUCUCCGCCGUGAAGUAAAAGUAUUUGAAAACCAGAAUAUCAACAGAAUAUUUCGCAUUCCUCAGUGUCUCAAGAGAAUUUUCUUUUGAAGCGCCCUGGGCCUUGACGAGUGCCAAACCAAAUACUUUCGUUUGUUCCAAGUGCCAAGUUUAGGUCCCUGCCUUUGACUGGCAAACAAUUCAAUUCAACUGGAGACAAGACAAGUGUUUAAAUAAGACAAGCAUCGUCUGGGCACCCUCCUGCUCCCUCCAUUAGUCAGAGCACCGCAUCGCAUCGCACCGCCAACGAACAGGAAACAGACCAGCCCGAGCAAACUCUUGUGGCAUAAUGUGGAAAAUAAAACACGACUCUGUGGCAGCAACCACCCUUCGAACCCUUCAAACCGCAACGUUCCUGGAGACAUAGACGCCCUUGGGGGAAGCAAAAGUGGCAAACAUUUCGACAAAAAGCGGACUAGUGGAAACGGAAGUGGCCGAAAGCGAGCCCAUAAAGAGCCACGCACCCGAAAAGCACCAACACACAGACUACAACUACAAGAGUGGAAGGAAUAGCAGAGGAAUCACAGAGAGAUAUAAAGGACAGCAACAUCUACCCCGUAAAAACAUGUACGCCGCCCUAAUGGACAUGAGCCAGUCUUUGGCAGCCAGUCUGGCAUAUGCCCCCCUGGAUCUGAGCGGAGUCGGUGUCUCCAAUGGGGGGAACGCUAGUGACAGUGGGAGUGGGGGCAACGACAGCCUCGACGCCGACGCGGGGUCAUCUUUGGGUCAGCAUAAUGCCAGCGGCAAUGGGCCGUAUGUGCCCGUCCUGGAACGCCCGGAGACUUACAUUGUCACCGUGCUGUACACGCUCAUCUUCAUCGUGGGCGUCCUGGGCAACGGCACACUGGUCAUCAUCUUCUUUCGGCAUCGUUCCAUGCGGAACAUACCCAACACGUACAUAUUAUCGCUGGCUCUGGCCGAUCUGCUCGUGAUUCUGGUGUGCGUGCCCGUGGCCACGAUUGUGUACACGCAGGAGAGCUGGCCCUUUGAGCGGAACAUGUGUCGCAUCACCGAGUUCUUCAAAGACAUCUCCAUCGGAGUCUCCGUCUUCACGCUGACGGCCCUGUCCGGUGAGCGCUACUGUGCCAUUGUGAAUCCCCUAAGAAAGCUGCAGACCAAGCCGCUGACCGUCUUUACGGCGGUGAUCAUCUGGAUCAUGGCCAUUCUGCUGGGCAUGCCCUCGUUCCUGGUCUCUGACAUCAUCGUCUACCCGGUGACUACGCCCGCCGGAAACAGCACCAUCAGAGUCUGCUCGCCCUUCCGCUCCAAGAUUUAUGCAAAGUAUAUGAUGGCAGCCAAGGCCUCCAUCUACUAUGUGGUGCCGCUGUGCAUCAUCGCGGUGCUGUACAUCAUGAUGGCCAAGCGGCUGCACAUGAGUGCCCGCGACAUGCCCGGCGAGCAGCUGAGCGUGCAGAGCCGGACACAGGCCCGGGCCCGGCGACAUGUGGCCCGCAUGGUGGUUGCCUUCGUGGUCGUGUUCUUCAUUUGCUUCUUUCCGUACUACGUGUUCGAGCUGUGGUACCAUUUCUACCCCACCGCCGAGGAGGAUUUCGACAGCUUCUGGCACAUGGUUCGCAUCGUGGGAUUCUGCACGAGCUUCCUCAACUCGUGCGUCAAUCCCGUGGCACUCUAUUGCGUGUCCGGCGUAUUUCGGCAGCACUUCAACCGCUAUCUCUGCUGCAUGUGCGUCAAGCGACAGCCGCACCUCCGGCAGCAUUCCACGGCGACCGGCAUGAUGGAAAACACCAGCGUAAUGUCGAUGCGUCGCUCCACCUACGUGGGCGUGGGCACCGGAGGCGGGGGAGGCAAUCUUCGAGCCUCGUUGCACAUGAACAAUAAUCAAGGAGGCGGAGGCGGAGGCGCAGGCGGAGCUAUGCGUGGUGGCAGCUUCCACCGCCAGGACUCGAUGCCAUUGCAGCACGGAAAUGGUGGCGCAGCUGCUGGCAGUGGCCCCACCGCCGGACGUUCGGCCAACAUCAGUGAGAAGAGGUGAGGCACACUGAUUGUGGAGCUGCUGGAGGAGGAGGAGGUGGUGGUGGUCUCCUUGGCGGCCGACGAGCAGCUCUAAGCGAACCAUUGAUCUCACUUUGGUGUAUGCACUAACCCCACUCGAAAACCCAGUAACCCUUUAACCCUUUGCACUGUGCACCUUGCACCCCACCCUUUGCAACACCUCUCCCCAGUGGCAUUCCAUGGAUAUUAUUUUGGAAAUUUGGAUGUCCCCAAAAGUGGGAAAAGCGAUGGUAAAAUUGGACAUACUCGUAAUUUCUAUUUUAUUAUAGCGGCCUACGGGCACACAUUUCCUGUACAUACAAAUCGUAUAUAUAAUAUCAUUACCAUAUUUAUAUCGUAAAAUGUUAAAUGUUAUCCUAUUCCGUUGCCGUACUUUAGCCGUAUGUGAUUAUGUGUUAAUUAAGUAAGCCACUAAGCACAUUGUGUGUAAAUCGUAAUCGUGCAAUAAAUUAGUGAAUAAUGAACCACAAAAAAUUGCAAAAAACUGUUAAGGAAAUUCACCUGCAAGCUCUGUUAAUUAUGCUGAAAAUAUCAAUAGACUUAACGAUGGUUUAAAUACUGAUGUAAAUAAAUGAAUUCCAUAAAUGUUGAACCCCCGUAAGUGUGUGUG